AAACAUUUCUGGCGGUAUGAGACAAGUUUGUUUUUACAGAGCUGUGUAAAAUUUCAUAGCUUUUUUUCUCCUUUUGAUUUGUUUUCCUUUACUGCCAAAUUCCAUCACAUGGCCUCUCUGCAACUUCGUUGACAUAAAUGAUAAAUCUCAGUUACUUCUCUUAGUUCACUGCUCUACCUGUCUCUCUCCUUCCUCUUUCUUUGUGUCUAUUUUCAUACGAGAAAUGCGUGAUCAGUUAUAAAAAACAUGAAUUCCUUCCCUGGUUUUAAACUCCAUUCAUGGUGGGGAGCUCUCGUUGUUCUCGAGUUUCUUGUGGUUCAAUCUCUGGGGCUAAACACAGAUGGGGUUCUCUUGCUUUCUUUCAGGUAUUUGAUUCAAAGUGAUCCUUUAAACGUUCUACAAAGCUGGAACUUCGUCGACCAGUCGCCUUGUUCUUGGAACGGAGUGGUCUGUGGCUCCAUUGAUGGAAACCUUCGAGUUACAGGCUUGUCUCUUCCGAAUUGUCAACUUCUUGGUUCGAUUCCAUCCGAUCUGGGUAGGCUCGAACACCUUCGGAAUCUUGAUUUUUCAAACAAUUCACUGAACGGGUCUCUUCCUGUUUCGUUGUUCAAUUCGACCAAGCUUCGUUUUCUUGACUUGUCCAACAAUUUGAUCUCCGGUGGAAUAUCGGAAACGAUAGGAACUUUGCAGAACCUUCAAUUCCUUAACCUCUCCGACAAUGGAUUGUCGGGUACUUUGCCUGCAACUCUCACUACUAUCCAGAAUCUAACUGUUGUUUCUUUUAAGAACAAUUACUUUUCAGGCAAUCUUCCAACUGGGUUUCAGUCAGUUCAAGUUUUAGAUCUAUCUUCCAAUCUUGUCGAAGGUUAUUUGCCUCCAAAUUUCGGAGGCAACAAUAUCAAGUACUUGAACCUUUCUUACAACAGACUUUCCGGAGAAAUUCCACCGGAAUUCGCCGAGAAAAUUCCUGGUAACGCCACUAUUGAUCUUUCCUUCAAUAAUCUAACAGGAGAAAUCCCGGAUUCCGCUGUUUUUAAGAACCGAGAACCCGAAUCUUUUUUGGGGAAUCCUUUUCUAUGUGGCAAAGUGACAAAGCGUGAUUGUCCAAGUCCUUCACCAACUUCUCCUCCAGCAAUUGCCGCCAUCCCGAAGACACCGGACACCGGAGCUAAAAAAUCACCACAAAACAAGUUCAAACCAGGGACAAUAGUGGCAAUCAUAGUCGGAGAUAUAGCAGGGAUUGUACUUGUAAUCAUGGUUUUCUCUGUCAUCUACAAAAUAAAGACCAAAAAGAGAGUGCCACUCGAGAGUACACUGAAGCAAGAAGAUAACGCAGCUCAAGACAAUCGGUCAUUAACGUCUCCAUCGUUGGAACCAAGAGGGUUUUCGAUAUGGUCGUGUUUGAGAAAGAAAGGAGAGUACGAAGAAGAAUCCGACACCGAAGAAGAAGAAGAAGAUAAUCAACGGCGGGAAGAGCAAGAACAUGACAAGAAAGGGAGAUUGGUGACCGUCGAUGGUGAAAAGAAGCUCGACCUAGAUACGUUACUGAAAGCGUCGGCAUACAUAUUAGGUGCCACGGGGUCUAAUAUCAUGUAUAAAGCAGUGCUCGAAGACGGGUCCUCGUUGGCGGUCCGACGGAUCGGUGAGAACAGUGUGGACCGUUUCAAGGAUUUCGAGAGCCAGGUUCGAGCCAUUGCUAAACUGGUGCACCCCAAUUUGGUCCGGGUUCGUGGGUUCUAUUGGGGAGUCGAUGAAAAGCUCGUUAUCUACGAUUUUGUACCAAACGGCAGCUUGGCCAACGCUCGUUAUAACAGAAAAGGUGGUUCUUCGCCUUGUCAUCUUCCAUGGGAGACUCGGCUAAAGAUUGCUAGAGGUAUGGCCCGUGGGCUAGCAUAUCUCCAUGAGAAGAAACAUGUGCACACCAGUUUGAAGCCCAGCAAUAUCCUCCUAGACUCUAACAUGGAGCCCAAAAUUGGAGAUUUCGGUCUUGAAAGGCUUGUAAUGGGCGAUACGAGCUCUAAAAUCGGGAGGUCGGUUCGAAAUUUCGGUAGCAAGAGGUCGACUGCAUCGAGGGAUAGCUUCCAAGAACUACUUGGACCUAGUCCAAGUCCGAGCCCGAGCUCGUUCGGUGUAUCGCCUUACCUCGCCCCAGAGUCGCUUCGGAGCCUCAAGCCCAACCCGAAGUGGGAUGUGUACGCAUUUGGGGUGAUUUUGCUUGAGCUUCUAACGGGGAAAGUUGUAGUUGUGGAUGAGUUGGGGAAGGGAAACGGGGUUGUCGUCGAGGACCAAAACAAGGCAUUGAGAAUGGCUGAUGCGGCAAUUCGCGGGGAGUUAGAAGACAAAGAGGAUGCAUUGGUGGCUUGUUUCAAGUUGGGGUACAUUUGUGCAUCUCCAAUACCACAAAAGAGACCCACCAUGAAAGAAGCCUUACAAAUUCUUGACAAAAUCCCAUCUUCCUCAAACUACUAUGGAUACUGAUAAAA